GGGGAAAGGGGCAGCAUGCAGAAGUCCAAGCAGGCCACGUUGUUUCGCUCCUGGGGAGGCAAGAAGCCGCUGAGCGAUGGAAAUGCACGGUACAGAGGCAAAGGAAAGGCGCCAGCUCGUUGGAGCGGCAAAAACCCACCGUGUCAAGACGCUAGCGCGAAAAAUGCACCAUCAGCAUCUUAUUCUUCAAACAACGCGGCAUUUGUGGACCUCACCGAGGGAGAAGAGUUCGGAUUCAAAGACGUCCAGGAGUUGGACCGAUUCUUCGAGGAUGACGUAACGGAGGAGAUCGGGGGAGAGAGAGCAGCCGUCGCCGAGCCAGCAACCUCAGCUCACAACUCCUCCGUCCUGGAAGAGGUCCCGGGAUUCGAUCACGCCGCGGGGGAGCAGUGGAUCUACCCGAUCAACUACCCAGUCAGAGACUACCAGUUCAAUAUCGUCCAAAAAUGUCUGUUCAGGAACACGCUGGUUUGCCUGCCGACCGGACUGGGAAAGACGUUUAUUGCUGCUGUGGUAAUGUUCAACUUCUACCGCUGGUACCCGACGGGGAAGGUGGUGUUCAUGGCCCCCACGAAGCCUCUGGUCACCCAGCAGAUUGAGGCCUGUCACAACAUCAUGGGAAUUCCUCAGAUCCACCUGGCUGAAAUGACUGGAAACCUUCCUCCAAAGGAGAGAGCUGCACAGUGGAUCUCCAAGAGAGUGUUCUUUCUUACUCCUCAAGUGAUGCAGAAUGACAUCACCAAGGGGGCGUGUCCAGCAGACCUUGUACGCUGCGUGGUGUUUGACGAGGCUCAUAAGGCACUCGGCAACUAUUCCUACUGCCAGGUCGGAAGUCAGCUAUCUCUCUCUCUGAACAAUGAGAGUGUGUUGUGUGGUAUUGUAGGUGGUGAAGGAGUUGAGUGGUCGUGGAGUUGUCUUUAGAGUUUUAGCUCUCAGUGCUACUCCUGGAAAUGACUUGAAGGCAGUUCAGCAGGUGGUGACCAACCUCCAACUGUCCCACAUAGAACUGAGAGCUGACGACUCAUUCGAUAUUCAGCCGUACACCCACCAGAGGAAGGUGGAGCUCCACGUCGUCCCACUGGAGGGGGAGAUCCUGCUCGUUAAGAACGCCUUCCUCGAGGUGUUGUCGGGGGUCAUAGGUCGACUGGCAAAGUUUGGGGUCGUGUACUCGGCAAAUCCGGAGAGACUGAGCAAGUUUGGACUCCUGCAGGCUAGAGAUGGGUUCAGGCAGUGCCCUCCACAUGGUGUUCGUCCAGGGAGUAUUGAGUCAGACUUUGCCACGGCGAUCUCUCUCUACCACGCAUACGACCUCCUACUCCUCCACGGUCUCCGUCCCUUCCAUCACUAUCUCGCCCACACCUUCUCCAACGGCUCCUACCCCCGGGCCCAGCAAGAAGUCGACCGCCACCCCGAAAUGGCUCGCCACCUCCGAGAUCUUCGCAGGAAACUCACCGCAUCGUCCUCGAGGGUCGUGGGGUGUGGUGGAGUUGGUCGCAGUCCACGGAGCAGUCACUAUACUUCGCCAUCGCAGUGCUCCGCUCCAGACUUGUUCUAUGGUCACCCAAAACUGAGAAAACUGGAGGAAGUCGUUUUGGAGCAUUUCAGACGGUGUGGUGCGCAAUCUGCGGAUGGGACGGGAGGCAGAGGUCCCAAUACCGAGACCCGUGUGAUGGUUUUCUCGCAGUAUCGCGAGAGCGUGCAGGAGAUUGCCGAUCUUUUAUCUAGCCACGCCCCCCUCGUUAGGGUGAUGAGUUUUGUUGGUCACGGUACGACUGGAAAGUCCACCAGUAAAGGUCUAACUCAGAGGGAGCAGACUGAGGUGGUUCGAAAGUUCCGUGAGGGUGGCUACAACACUCUGGUUGCCACGUGUGUCGGGGAAGAGGGUCUGGACAUUGGGGAGGUGGACCUGAUAGUAUGUUUCGACGCUCACAAGAGCCCGAUCCGACUGGUCCAGAGGAUGGGGCGGACGGGGAGGAAGAGGAGUGGGAGGAUUGUCGUCAUUGUCACUCAGGGGAAAGAGGAACAGACUUACCGGAAGAGCCAGUCCAACAAGCACAGCAUCCACAAGGCCAUCAGGCAAAAUUCUCGCUCCCUCAAUUUCUUCCCGCACGCCCCCAGAAUGGUCCCUCGGCACAUGACUCCACAGAGCCUCAAGCAGCCCAUGACCGUGGAGGAAUACAAGCCCUCUGAGAGAGGCCAGAGAGGACGCGGGAGGAGGCAGCCGAGACUGAGUCUGGGUCCUCCUGCGCUCAGCAGAGCCAGUCAGAGAGGCUGUCUGUCCCACCAGGAGCUAGAGGAAUGGAGCAAGAGGUUCUCUCUCCCUGACAGAGAACUGCGGGCCUGCGAGAGAGCCGUGGGCGAGUGCUUCAGACAUCAGCCGAUUCUUGGUUUGUCGCAUUUGAAGAGAGGAAAACAGGGUGUUUUGGAUACCCCAAUUGAUAAUCGGGUCAACCGGAAUCAUUCGACUACCGGCACACCUCUCAAUGCUAGUGUGGUGCAGAAAUUCCCGCUCAGUCUGAGUAAAUGGAUCCGUUGGCAAACGGGACAGACCCAUUUCAAGAUGGUCGGCCCGUCUGAGAAGGGGAAACAGUUUGUGUCUCUGCUGGAGUUCCUGGAUCUCAUGUACUCUUGUGAUGGUCUGGGGGAGAGCUACGCUACUGAAAUGGCUGCCUUUUUUGACCCAGAAGACAUUCGCACUGUCGGAGCGGCAGCCAGCACUGAGGGAGUCAGUACUGCAGGGAGUGGUGGGGAGAAGGGGAGAGGAGGGAGGAGGGCGAGGAGGAGAUUGGCUAGUGGUUCCAGUGACGACGAUGAAUUUCUGGAUGAGGGAGUGGGGAGAAGUCAGUCUGUUGGUAGGGGAGAGCAGUGUUCCAAACCCACAACAAACGAAGAUGUUCUGGUAACAGAAGAGAUGAGCCCACAUCUUCCAGACAGGCAGAGUCCUAUACCCAGUGUUGAUGACAGGGAUUUACCCGCAGCUUUGCAACAUGCCAUUCCCCGGCCACCAUCCUGUGACUCUCUAGACUGGUUGGACGACAUUCAGCCCUCACAAAUCUCGACUCCUCUCCCUUCACGUUCCUCCUCUACCUCUGCCAAUCCCCACUCACCCCCUCACACCUCUCGCGACUUCCAGUUUGCAUUCCCCCACACCCCACCCAGCUCCAGAAAGAGUAAAACCCCGUUCGUUACACCACUAACAACCCCUCCACACAGGAAGCCAGAACACAAUCGUCAACCAGUGGGCGAUACAAGUACUACUGAUGAGGCGUCGGCACACUUUGAGAGUAUGGACUUGUUCAAUGACAUAUCAUCUGCAGUUCUAUUUGAUGAUUUCAGUGACGUCGGCACCUCACAAACUGCACAGGAACAGAGUGUGAAAGCUGUGCAGGAAGAGAUGGAAGAGAGAGAGGUAGCUGAAGAGGCUGGGGAGGGGGGAAGCAUUGACGAUGCUCUGAACAUUACAUCAAUCCCAGAGUCUGAAGAUGACGGAGAAGAAGGAGAAGAAAUUCAGGAAAAUGGCGAUGAAAAAGGAGGUAUGGAAGUUCACUGUGACUCUCAGAAUGGUGAUGUGUCCGAAGAGAGUUUAAUUGGAGGGUGUGGUCAGCGACGACGGAAGUUUGCCAGACCCGAUUUCCUCCUCACCCAAGCUCCGCCCAAAUCUCCGCCCAUCUCUCCCAUGGAAUCGUCAGGAACGGCUCCAGGCUCCGGUGACUAUGAAGAUUUCCUGUUGGAACCUCUCAGUAGACGGCUGAGAAAGAGAGGUGUGUUUGUGGAGAGGGAGAGAGAGUCUGGUGAAGCAGGCAGGAAGAAGGUGCGUUUGGAGCCAGAGGAGUACCUUGACAAAGAGGCUGAGCUGUCAGGAGAGGGAGAGGGGAGUGGGGAAGAGGAGGAAGUGGAGAGAGGGGCAGAUGAAUACAACAUGGAGGACAGCUUCAUAAACGACAACUCUGUUUUGACACAGGUGACUCCCUCGCAGCUCCCCAAGGAGAAACUCAGGAGUAAGAAGUUCAGUCCAGUCAACAUGGCGGAUGUGUACCGGCAGUCUCUGAUGAGUCCACAUUCGGAUCAUCUGUUUGUGGGGAGAAGGGGAGGUGGUGGGUACCGGAUGGUGCUGAGUCAGAGACACCAGAUCCUGAACCGCUGCCUGGCAAAGGCCGGGGGGAGGAGGUUGUUUGAUGGGGAACGGAGGAGAGGUGAGGAUGUGAGCAGUGAGAGUGGGGAGAGUGAAGCAGAGGAGGUGAGGGUGUGUUAUGGCGAGGAGGACGAGAAGGAGAUCGAGGAUUCUCAGAGCAUUGGAGAACCUUGGGAGUGGGGGGAUGAGGAGGAGUCAGGGGGAACAAGAACACACCAUCCGAGGCUCAGUGGUGAGGAAGACAUUGUCAGUCCAAGUCUCCUGGUCUCAGUAGAGCCCCAGCCAACUCCGUCCUGCUACAAUCUGGAGGUGGAGGGAUGGCUUAGUGAGAGUGGCAGCUGCUGGAGUGACGAAGACCCUACAACUGCUUCAAUUAUUCUGGACUGAGUCUCGAGUAGCCUUUUAGCUAUGUUUUGUGAACAAUUUAAAUGUGCAUUUGCACGA